CUGGGAGGCGGGCCGGCUUGACGCACGCACACACUCAUCCGCUUGGGCCACCUGUAGCCGCCGCGGGCGCGCCGCCGGAGAGCGCUUGGCACCGCAAGGGAAGCGAAGCCAACCAGCUGGGCAGGCGGGCAGUCUGCCUGCCGCACUCCGCCGAGAUCGCCACCCGGGCGGACCGGUUCCCCAGCCUCCCUGCCUUCUUGGCUGGCAGCUGGAGGAGGCUGGGAGGCUCCGGCUGGCGCUGCUUCGGAGCUGGAAAAGCCGAACCCCAUCCAGGAGGGAGGCGCGGCCGCCGCGGCGUCUUGACACUUCCGCGUUCGCCUUCGCAGCCGUCGAGGCUGGGAGCUCCACGAAGCGCGCCGGUGACCGCAGGCAGACACGAAGCCCUCGUCGCUCGCUCGGCCGGCCCUCGGCAUGGCCAAGAACACGUCGCUGCACUUCCGCGUGGUGGAGGGAAGGGACCUGCCGGCCAAGGACGUGUCCGGCACCAGUGACCCCUAUUGCAUCAUCAAGGUCGAUAACGAGGUGGUGGCCAGGACUGCCACAGUGUGGAAGAGCCUCAACCCUUUCUGGGGGGAGGAAUACACUCUGCACCUUCCAAUGGGGUUCCACAACCUCUCUUUCUAUGUUCUGGAUGAAGACACCAUUGGGCAUGACGAUGUCAUUGGCAAAAUCUCCCUCAGCAAAGACUUCAUCUCUUCCCACUCACGGGGCAUCGACAGCUGGGUCAACCUGAGCCACGUGGACCCCAACGAGGAAGUGCAGGGGGAGAUCUCGGUGGAACUUGAAGUGCUAGAGGAAGCGCACAGGCGGGUGAUUUGCUGCCAUGUCAUUGAAGCCAGAGACCUCGCUCCACGUGACACCUCGGGCACCUCAGACCCCUUUGCCCGCGUCCUGUGGAAUGGGCAGGUCCUGGAAACCGCGAUUAUCAAGAAGACUCGCUUCCCACGCUGGGAUGAACUGCUUGAGUUUGCCCUGGAGGAGGGAACCUCUGGGGAAACUCCUCUCAUUGUGGAAGUCUGGGACUGGGACAUGGUGGGCAAGAAUGACUUCCUUGGCCGGGUCGAAUUCUCUUUGGAUGUCCUGCAGAAGGCUCCUCCAAAAGGCUGGUACCGUCUGCUGCCCUUCCCCAGUGCAGAGGACGACGCUGGGGGGAAGUUGGGGGCCCUGAGGUUGCGAGUGCGACUUGCCGAGGAUAGGAUUCUGCCCUCCAAAUACUACCAACCCCUCAUAGAUCUGCUGGUGGAGUCCAUCCUGUGCCCACCAGAGGAGAAGGAUGAUGUCACACCAUUAGCCCUGCUGGAAGAAGUGUGCUCAGUGGAGAGUCGGCAAGAUGUAGCCACUAAGCUAGUGAAGAUCUUCCUUGGGCAAGGCUUGGUGGUCCCCUUCUUGGACUACCUGAACCUCUGCGAGGUUUCAAGAACUACGGAUCCCAACACCCUCUUCCGUUCUAAUUCCUUGGCCUCCAAAUCCAUGGAGCAGUUCAUGAAGGUGGUAGGAAUGCCCUACCUCCAUGAGGUGCUGAAGCCCAUCGUCAACCGGAUCUUCGAGGAGAAGAAAUACGUGGAGCUGGAUCCCUGCAAGAUUGAGCCAAGCCGGACCAGGCGGAUCUCCUUCAAAGGCUCCCUGUCCGAGGCCCAGAUCCGAGAGAGCAGCUUGGAGGUGCUGAAGGGAUACCUGGGGGACAUUGUGGAGUCCAUUGUGAGCUCGGCGGAGAAGUGCCCCUCUGCCAUGAGAGUGGCAUUCAAGCAGCUGCACAAGCGAGUGGAUGACCACUUCCCGGAGGCAGAGAAUCAGGUUGCCAAAUACCUCGCCAUCAGUGGGUUCCUCUUCCUCCGCUUCUUUGCCCCGGCCAUCCUGACUCCCAAGCUGUUCAACCUCCGAGACCUGCAUGCGGACACACAGACCAGCCGUACUCUCCUGCUCUUGGCCAAGGCGGUGCAGAGCAUCGGCAACCUGGGGCUCCAGCUAGGGCACGGCAAGGAGCAGUGGAUGGAGCCCCUGCACCCUUUCAUCCUGUCCAGCAUUGGACAUGUCAAGGAGUUCCUGGGCAGGCUCAUUGAUGUGGAUUCUGAGAAUGGAGCAAGUGAGAAGCAACCCUGGACACUCUUCCACCCUUCAGCCACCAUCAAGGAAGGCUACCUGAACAAGCGCAAAGCUGAUGGCCUCCACCUGGUCUCACGAUUCACCUUCAAAAAACGCUAUUUCUGGUUGAGCAAUGAGAGCCUCUCCUAUUCCAAAUCAGCCGAGUGUCAGGUGCGUACGUCCAUCCCUGUCCAGCGGAUCUGUGCCGUGGAGCGCGUUGAUGAGAACGCCUUCCAGCAGCCGCACAUGAUGCAGAUAACGACGCGUGACAAUGGAGGGCAGCUGUUUACUAUGUACAUCCAGUGUAAGAAUGUCAACGAGCUUAAUCAAUGGCUCUCCACCAUCCGGAAAGCGACGGUCUCGAAUGAGUGCAUGCUGCCUUUUUGCCACCCGGGGACUUUCCGUGGCAAUCGCUGGACUUGCUGCUUACAGACAGACCGUGCCAUUCGUGGCUGCAGCCGCACGCACUCUGCUGUGACCCUCGGCGACUGGAGCGACCCUUUGGACCCAGACGCUGAGGCCCAGAUGGUGUACAGGCAGCUUCUCUUGGGCAGAGACAAGCUCAGGUCUGUGGAAGGUGAUUUGCUGGGAGAAGUGCCUGGAGUUGUCAAGCACGGGGUCUGCCCACGAGCAAAGCAGUGGAGCCCAGAAAGAUACAAGCAGUCAGAAGAAGGCAGCAGCUGCCCACCUCUUAGAAGUUGUCCAGGAACUGGAGCAAGCCCACAAUGUUUUUGAGCACCAAGAAGAGGAAGAAAAGGCAGCGACUGACAGAGGACCCCACCACCCUUAGGUGGGAUCCCACUUGUGUUUUCUCUGUAUUGUAAUGAUGUGUUUACAUCUCUAGGGGAGGGGACUGGGAUCCUUCACUUGUGUUGCAAGUUAGAUAGCUUUGGAGCAAGGGUCUACAAUUAGUUUUUGAUUAGAGAGAGACGGGGGGGGCAAACCAAUGCCUUGCUGCUUUCUGGAUGAACCCAGUCCACAUUCUGUAUCGGGUGCCCAUCAGAUGCUGUUGGACUCCAAAUCUCAUCAUCCCCAGCCAGGAUUGCCAAUGACCAGGGAUGGUGAGAGUUGUAGUCCAACAUCUGGAGGGCACCAAGUUGGUUACCCCAGCCCUACAUGAAUCUUCACCCCUUGCUUGUGAUCCAGAAUAACAGGUCGUUCCUGAAAUGUGCCCUCUUGGCUCACUUUCUCCUUACAAGGGAGGUGCUCUUAGGCCAGUGUGAGUGUGCGUGUGUUUAUGUGUUGCAAAUCUGCAGAAGCACGAAUUGUGAUCUUGGGUGCAGCAUCCAGCCUAUCAUCCUGGGAGUCUCCACUUUUGGGGUUUUAUAAAGCAAGGAAGGGGAACCUGUGGCCCUCCAGAGAUGUAUUAGGACUCCCAGCUCCCCAUCAGCCCCGGCCAGCAGGACCAAUGGUGAGAGCUUGGGAUGAAAGGAUCCGCCAACUUUGGUUCUCUUAGUUUCUCAUUUUUCCAAUCUUCAAUUCAGUUUUCCACAAUUGUGCAGCAGCUUACGAUUUUUAAAUCCUCAUGAAAAUUCCUCAGCAUUUUAGUGUGAAUUUCUCCCAAUAAGCACAUUUUUGUAUGCAGUUUUGACUAAUGUGCACAUUUUUGCAAGCAUUUUCUCCUAAUAUAAUGCAGUUUUGUAUGCUAUUUUUGCUAAUAUAUUCAUUUUCAUGCUCACUUUUCCCCAGUACAUGCAUUUGCAUAAACGUUGUUUGGUUGGAGAAUUGCAUCACAAAUUUUAGACGAGUGCAAAUUUCAAAGGAUGGCUGAGUUUCAGUUCUCAUAUUGUUUCGGAAAGUGCAAAUUUGAUAGAGUUUGGCUGUAAAUGCAAACUGCAUCAAAUUUCUUCCCCAUCUCAAAUGAGGGAUGGUGGAAUUUGGAGUCCAGCAACAUCCGGGAGGACUCCAGGUUCGCCACCCCUUGCUUUAAGAGAACAAGUUUCUAACCCUUAUGAUUGCAAAGAUAGGCUCAAAAGCCUCAGGCAGUGCCUACUAAACGCUCAGAAGCCAAGCAGGUGACUGGCUGCAUAUAAAGUUUGGUGGGCACAGGUGCCCCAUUAUCCUGUUGCAAUAAAUUGUGCAGAAUUAAUUAAAGAAAAAAGAACCCUGGAAAAAAGUUAUGUGAAAAAAGAAAUUGCCCCCCUUCUCUGUCUUAUGAGGGCAGUGAUGGGGUCCUCUCAUCCUUAAAGUGUCACACCUGUCUUUACUGUAAAUGCAGGCAGAUGUGACUCACACGGGUAGUCUAGCGAAAGGGCCAGAAAUAGGCUACUCCCCUGAGGGCAGCGCAGGAUGAGCAAGCGGAAGCAGGUGUUUGUAAGCGGGCCAUCGCGUAGGGUGUUGUAUUGGCCAGCCUGCUGGCUGCCAGCCCAUCUUGAUAAACCAGGAUUGCGACGUGGCACAAAUUUGAUUCAGCUUGACAUGCGAACUGAAUCGAAUUUCUCGCCCAUCCCUAGCAUGAGUCGGAACCUUCCCAACCUUACCUGGAGAUGCCAUUGGGGAUUAAACCUGGGGUCUUCCGCAUACAAAUCAGCGGUUCCACCACUGAGUUACGGCCUAGCUUGUUGCUGGAGCAAUCUGCUGGACUCUGGGGCAGCGAAAAGGCCGUCUUUCCAGACUUCUGGCUUGUUUUUGCGGGCUGACAAAAUAACAGCCUCACUAACCACACUUUUGAGUGCAGCCCCAAGGCCCAGUUCUCCAGGGACGUCUGCUGAAAGCUGAUAGCCCACCAGUACUAAAUGGCCCCAUAAAUCAUGCCUUGCACCUGCACAACAGUCUCCCUUGGGGAAGCCGUAAGCCCUGGGAGAUGAAUCUCCUUUUCCUUCCUUUUCAACCACAUGAGAACUGCCCAGAAAUCUUGCGCCGUUUCUGAUCGUUCUGCAGCCCAAAUACUUCCAACAAGCCAGGCUCAGUCGCAUUGGCGAGAGCUAGGGAAGGAAUGAUCUGUCGAUUUCGGUUUCUUGUGUUUCCAAUCUUACAUUCAGUUCUCCACACCUCUGCAGCAAUUUGUGCUUUAAAAAAAAAAAAGCUCAUGAAAAUUCUUCAGCAUUUUUAGUGUGCAUUUCCCCUAAUCAACACAUUCUUGUAUGCAGCUUUGACUGAUAUACACGUAUUUGCAAGCCAUUUCUCCUAACAUAAUGCAUUUUUGUAUGUUAUUUUAACCAAUAUAUUCAUUUUUGUGCACACUUUCCCCUCAGAUAUGUGUUUUUUGUAAACAUUGCUUGGUUGGAAAUCUUCAUCACAAAAUUCAGAUAAGUGCACGUUUCAAAGGAUGGCUGUGCUCGGGUUUGCAUAUUGUUUUGGAAAGGGCAGAUUUGAUAAAUUCAGCUUGAAAUGCAAACUGAAUUGAAUUCCCCCCCCAUCCCUAGUUAGAGAAAGCAAGCAUGCCAGGGCAAAAUUGUGGUAUGAACGCAGGACAUUUUGGGCCCAGAAACCUCAGUUCAAAUUCCCAUCAUUCUGCUGUGAAGGGAACAGAUUUUGCAUCAGUCCUGCUCAACCUAGCCUACCUCACAGGGCUGUUAUGAGGAUUAAAAAGGGGGAGACCCAUGCACACCACCCUGAGCUCCUUGGAGGAAGAGAGUGAUGUAAAUCAAUAUGUCAGUAUUUGCUCUGUUUUCUUUCCAGGACUGGUGGCAUCACCUGGCAUCCUCAGGUAGUUGCAAGGGCCCAAACACUGCAUUAAGGCUCACUGGCUGGUCUUUGACUCUCUCGCCUGUCUUGCAGGCUAGUGGGAACAGUGGUUGAGAAGCCACCCACCAUUUUGAUUUUCCCACAGUGCCCUGAGUGCCCGAUAUAGCAGUGCUCCAGAGCAUUGCAUUAUGGGAAAAUUGAAAUGGUGGGUACCUUUUGAGCUGUUACUGCCAAGUCAAACCCACGUGGGAUUAGGGGGUUGGGUGGGAGAUCCCGGCACAGGUGACAGACUCCAUGCCAUUUUGCUGGGGGCUCUAUUGAACCAGGAUCCGGCUCUGCUCCUUUCCCAUUCUAGUAAAUUUAAAUUUCCCAUCUUACCAAUGAAAACCAGUUAAACUCCUAGGAUCUUGACACCCGCCAUGGACAAUUUAAAUUGGUUUUGAAUGUGUGGACAUAAACUGCAAUAUAUUUAAGUGUUUUGUUAUCUGUUUCUAAGUGUCGUUGCUCUCUGAGCCUCUGGGGAGGGUUUAAAAUAUUUAUUCCAAAUUAAAAAUAAA